GAUAUCAACUAUGAGGGAGCUGUUAAAGCUGCCGAGAGCAGCAAAAAGGUAGCUCUGGCUAAGGACUACAAGGCAGUGGCUGUGAAGGUGAACGUGACGGACGCCAAGUCAGUGCAAGAGAUGGUCGACGUCGCAGUCAAGGAAUUUGGCAGGAUUGACUAUGUCGUCAACGCCGCAGGUGUCGACGGCCGCAAGAACGUUCCGUUCGACCAAGCGGACGUUGCUGACUUCGAUCGCGUGUUCGACAUCAACGCCAAGAGCAUACUAUACGUCACUCAAUCCGUUGCUAAGGUCAUGAAGGCUCAAGAGUCUGCCAAAAUUGAUCUAGGCCGCCACGGCGUUAGAGACCUCGGCCGUGGAUCGAUCGUCAACAUUUCUUCUAUCUUGGGAAUAAGCGCCCUGCCCAACAAGGUUGCUUACAUUACCUCCAAGCACGCCGUCGGAGGACUCACCCGAGCUUGCGCUGUCGACUACAAGGCACUCGGCAUCCGAUGCAACCAGGUCUGCCCUUCAUGGGUUGACACCCCCAUGUCGUGGGAGGAAUACAACCGAAUUCCCCAACUGCGUGGUCUUAUCGAGCAGCUACCUGCUGCCGGGCGUCUGAUUGCACCCUACGAGGUAGCAUCUGCUUGUCUAUACCUCUGCACGCCCGCCGCGUAUUAUAUCAACGGCAGCACGUUGACAUUGGAUUCGUGCGUCCUAGUUGGACCUGCCGUACCGGCUGUGGAGUAAUCACCAUCCUGUAAUCAUGCGGGGUUAGGGAAAAGAACCUAUGGCGGCGGAUAUCUGCUUUCAGAGGACCUAGUGCUUACGGAGGUGACAAGGAGUCUGUUCCAGUUAAUCUUUCCCAUACUUGGCAGCUUGAGCUUAGCAGGAUCGCCCUUUAGGUCGUACUAGGUGAAAAUAAAAUUGACCGUUAAACAUGUAAAUCGUAUAUAUGCCC